UCGGUAAAACCUCAUCUUUUACGUCAAAUCGAUUCAAAGUCUUCUCUAUUCUCCAACCCUUUUUGAUCCUCCACACUCGCAUAUUACUCUGUGUUUCCUUCUGCCUUUUUUAAGCCGUUACGAAAAACAAAGCGUUUUGAGAGAGAGGUUCCUUCAAGCCCAUAACGGUUCAGUUGAUUUAGAUUUCUAUCUCUGUUUCGUUUACUCCGUUGUGUGUUUUUAUUGUUGAUUACUCAAAUUGACAAUUUUUGGUAAAAAAAAUAAAUAAUUCAUUGAUUGGUUUUAUAUAAAGGAUGUGACUUUGGGUUCGGGUUAAGAUUUUCAAGGCUUUUAUUACGACAGACGUGAAAACGGAAAUGCUCCCUUUGUGGGUUUAUGGAAUUUAAUUUUUUACUUGAUGUAGAAGUCGGAGGGUAUGGUUUCUACAACUCCUCCGUUGUCUUCUAGCAGCUGUGAUAAUGCGGUUCCCAAGCCAGUCUCCGUUCAAGGGCGGAUAACAGGCCCUACAAGACGAUCAACAAAGGGAGGAUGGACAGAGGAGGAGGAUAAGAUAUUAGCUGUUGCCGUUCAAAAGUUCAAUGGCAAGAACUGGAAAAAGAUUGCUGAAUGCGUUCCUGAUAGAACUGAUGUUCAGUGCCUGCAUCGCUGGCAGAAGGUUCUCAAUCCCGAUCUUGUUAAAGGGCCUUGGAGCAAGGAGGAAGAUGAUCUCAUCAUUGAGCUGGUUGCAAAGCAGGGGAAAAAGAAAUGGUCUGAGAUAGCAAAAUUCUUGCCAGGCCGUAUAGGCAAGCAAUGUAGAGAAAGGUGGCACAACCAUUUAAAUCCAGAUAUAAAAAAAACAGCAUGGACCAAAGAAGAGGAAUUGAUUCUCAUUAAGGCCCACCAAACAUAUGGGAACAAGUGGGCUGAAAUAGCAAAGUUUCUGGAUGGAAGGACAGAAAACUCAAUAAAAAAUCACUGGAACUGCUCGGUGAGGAAGAAAUUAGAAUCGAUAAAUUUAGCUUGUGGUUCUGGUCCUUACAGUCAUAAAGCAAAAGCUGAAUGCAUAAAGUCUGAAGAGGUUAAAGAAAGCUGUGAUCAGAAAUUGAACUUUGAGGGAAGUGCAGACACUUGUUCACUGGAUUUGAUUCUUGAAAUGAGGGAAAGUAAUUUGCAACCUUCAAAUAAAGAGGAUUGCAGGUCUUUGAAAGGAGGGGAAAAUGACUUAACAAAACCCCGAUGUAGAACAAAUUUGCAUGAUGGGGAUGCAGCUUCUUGUGGUCCGAGUGGCAAACAAUGCCAGGACCGUGCUAAUAAUGGCAACACAUUCAGAGAGCCCUAUCAUGCAGCUAUCAAGACCAAUGAAUUAUGUUGUACUUCCUCUAGUCAUCAAGUAAAGUUUCAAUGUCUAGGUGAACAAGUCCACGAGCCUGAUAAAUCUGUCAAUCCAUUGCCUUCUGGAGGACUUUCUCGACCCUUGCAGAGUACACGCUCAGAUAUUUCAGGGUGUAACAUAUUAACUUCUAAUUUUCUUCAUGGGUUAGCUUUUCCUGCCGCUGCUAGGAGAUUGCAUGAAUCUUCUUAUGUGCCACAACACAAUGUUUGUUAUGCGGACUAUGAAAAUAGGAACUCAAAACUUUGUGGCCAAAAUAAGGAUCCUCUUUCAUCUAGGACAGCAUGUGAAACUUAUGAGGAAAGUAAAAAUUUUCGAGCCCCUGCAAACUUGGAGGAUUCAAACAGUUCAUUGUGCUAUAAACCACUCUUCCAAAAGGAUUUAAACACACUUUUGAAAACAAGUACAUUUCCAAGUAAAGAUAGCUAUAUUCAAACAGCUUCAAGUCCAGUUUCUUUUAAUUCGCCAUCAAGCCACAAUACAGGAAUAACUGUUGAUGGUAGCAGUCCAGAAUCUAUAUUGAGGAGCGCUGCACGGAGUUUUAUAAAUACUCCAUCUAUCAUUAGAAAACGAAGACUCAAAAUUUCCAGGAAAUUUGACAAUCUAAAUCAGAAGGAUGGUGUUUGUUCACUGGAAGAAAACAGAGAUAACUCGGACAAUAGUCACCACUUGUUAUCAUGUGACAGACAUGAUAACAAUGGUGUUCUAUCCAAUGAGAAGCAACUUUUCCUGCCUCCUCUGAAGUCUCAGAAGCUUGGAAGUUCUGCUGCUGUAAAAUCUAUAGAAAAAUGCCUGGAACAUGCAUUUGAUUCUGAGUGGGCAUCUACCAACAUUAAAUAGAAAUCAGUUGCCAAUGAUUAUUCUAGUGCUGAUGGUGGUUAAGAUUGGUGGAUUGUUCAAGAGUCUGGUAGAAAGGUUUCUUUCAAGAAUUCAAGGUCGAUGAGGAGACGAGCUAAAACAUGUUGAUAUGAAAUUGGUGAAUUAUCAAUUUGUGUACAUGUUCAAUUUCGAUACACCUCGUAAUGGCAUGGACUGAUGGGAUAGGAUUUGUGCAGCCAACUCAAUGAAAGAACAAAUAACACCUCCUCAAUAGUGGGCAACAAUGAUAAUUUGUACAGCUACAUGACUGACUGUUCUGGAAACUUUAGUAAGCGAUAUUUUGAUUUUUUUCAAUAAAAGAUCUACUGAAUCCAAUUUUACUA